AUGCAUCCAUCCAAUAGUGUCUUGCUGGCCGCUUGGCUUGCCUGGACAAGCUUGCCCACCGUUUCUGCCAUUGAUAUAACCGUCAAGGCCGAUGGGGGUAAUGCCACCAACGGGCACCAAUACGGCUUUCUCCACGAGGACAUCAACAACUCAGGUGAUGGUGGUCUCUAUGCUGAGCUCAUCCGCAAUAGAGCCUUCCAGGCUAGCGAAGGCUUCCCGUCUACACUCGACGCAUGGUACAGCAUCGGAGGUGCAAGCCUCUCCUUGAAGAAGCUUGAGAAACCCUUAUCCGAGGCUCUUUCUACGUCGCUCAAUGUUGCUCCAUCCUCCGGUGGCUACGCCGCGUCUGCCGGGUUUUUCAAUGACGGCUAUUGGGGAAUGGAUGUGAAGAAGGCGAACAAAUACACCGGCUCCUUCUGGGUCAAAGGCCAAUAUGACGGCCAGUUCACCGCUUCAUUUCGGUCAAAUAUCACGGGUGAUAUCUUUGGUUCAACCACAAUCCAGUCCAAGUCCGUCCCCGAUGACUGGACCGAGCACACAUAUGAGCUACGUCCCGAGAUAGAUGCGCCAAAUUCGAACAAUACCUUGGCCAUAACGUUCGACUCCUCGGUGGUCGAUGGUUCUCUAGACUUCAAUCUCAUAAGUUUGUUCCCGCCUACAUUCAAAGGCCGCAAGAAUGGCAUGCGGAUCGACAUCGCAGAGGCUCUAGCAGACCUGCACCCUACCCUCUUCCGCAUUCCUGGUGGCAACAUGCUUGAAGGGCAAACGAACUCAUCCUGGUGGGACUGGAAGGACUCACUGGGGCCUCUCAAGGAUCGUCCUGGGUUUGGCGGAGUGUGGAACUAUCCACAAACCCAUGGACUGGGACUGUUGGAAUACCUGGAAUUAUCAGAGGAUCUCGAUAUGGAACUCGUGGUCGGUGUCUACUCUGGUCUCAGCCUGAAUGGAGAUAUCACCCCGGAGGACCAGUUGCAAUUUUUUAUCGACGAUGCCCUCGAUCAGAUUGAAUUCAUCCGUGGUCCAAUCGACUCAAAAUGGGGUGCCCGUCGCGCCGAAUUAGGCCACCCCAAACCUUUCAAACUGCGUUAUGUCGAGAUUGGGAACGAGGACUGGCUCGCUGGCCGACCCACCGGCUGGGAAACCUACAAAGAAUACCGCUUCCCGAUGUUCCUCGAGGCUAUCAAUGCCGCAUACCCGGACAUUCAGGUUAUCGCGUCUGGCUCAAUAUUCGACGGCCAUGACAUUCCAAAGCCUGGUGCGGGGGAUUAUCACUUGUACGCAGAGCCUGACACGCUGAUCAAACAAUUUGGUCGUUUCGACAAUGUCGAAACUCCUCACAUCAUAGGUGAGAUGGCGGCCACCCACCCCAACGGAGGCACGAGCUGGGAUGGCCCUAUGCAGCCAUGGCCGUGGUGGUCAGGCUCCGUCGCCGAGGCUGUGGGUCUUAUCAGCUACGAACGCAACCAGGACCGUAUCAUUGGCGCGGCCUACGCCCCUGUGUUGCGAAAUUUGAAUAGAUGGCAAUGGCCUAUCACCAUUGUACAUCAUGCUGCCGAUCCGGCGCUUACUACGAAAUCCACAAGUUGGUUCAUCUGGGAGCUUUUCGCCGGACAUGUCUUCACAGAAACUCUGCCUGCCACUUCCGAGGACGGCUUUGGACCCCUUUACUACGUGACCGGCAAGAAUGACAUCACGGGGGGUCAUAUCUUCAAAGGCGCUCUGUUCAACUCCACGGACAAUGCUGAUGUCCCUGUUCGCAUCACCUUCGAGGGGGUACAGGCCGGAACGCAGGCUGAGCUGACGCUGCUGUCUGGCCCAGAGAACCCAUACGGAUACAAUGACCCGUGGACAGGCAUCAAUGUGGUUGAGACCACUAAGAGUACACUGAUUGCAGAUGCUGAAGGGGUAUUCAGCUUCGAAAUGCCGAACCUGAGUGUCGCCCUCUUGGACACCGCCCCGAAAUAUGGUAGAUACUGA